ACGAUCCGCAGACCACCUGAAUGGAGCUCGCGGACCGCUGGUAGUCCGCAGACCACAGUUUGAGAACCUCUGAUCUAGAGAAUACACAUACCAUAUAGAGGAGGACACACAAUGGUAAUUUAUCUUUUAUUACCUUUGUGAGCCUCACUGAAGAAGUAGUUCAUUAGCAGAGAUUCCGAUGUACAUCACAUACUGGCUUUCUUCUCUUUCCCCUCUCUAUUACAUGCAGAACAUAGUGCAACACAUAUAGUAGUUAUAUCAGAACACUCCUAAAUGCCCAUAACAAAAGCCCCACACAGCCCACUCUGCUUCCUAAAACACUCCUAACACCAGUGACCCUUGUUGAAUGAAACUAUAAAAUAACUGCUCAGUUUAACGUGAGAGGGAGGCGGUAGAGAACAACCCUAGAGAGAGUAUCCUCCACGAAGAUCAUGACCUAGUUAAUUCAUGCCAUUUCCACUGACCACAGGGUCUGGGCUCACCUGCAGAAUAUUACAAUAGAUAAAUCCCUGGUUGGUUUGUUAUUUUUACCUCAAAGCAAAACUUCCUCCCUUCCUGGGAAAGUGUGAAGUCCUAGUUCCUGGGUACAUGUUGUAUCUGUGGCAUUUGCAUAUGCGUAAGCUGUCUAUGUAAAUAGUCCAAGGUACUUCAGGAUCUGAGAUCCUAACAUUGUCUGAGAGGCAGUAAGUGUUGUGUCCAUUAUACGCUUCCCAGCCCCUUCUCCAGAGAGCUCUGUGCCAACAGCAUGAUGCUUUCUCCUCCAUUCAUUUUAUAUUUGUAUCUCUUGGCUCCAUGUUAUUGGGCUUUCAUAUGCCAGAACACGGGGCCUUCUUCUAACUUCAGGAUGGACGGAGAUUACACGAUUGCAGGAUUUUUCCGACUGCAUAGCUACUCAACAACAGUGAAAUCUAGACCGGAAGUUGACAUAUGUGACAGAGCGGCCUCUGUAAACAGCCAUGGCUACCACCUGUUCCAAGCCAUGAGACUCGCCAUCGAGAAGAUAAACAACUCCAGCAGUCUCCUCCCCAAUGUCACUUUGGGCUACGAGAUCUACAACACAUGCUCAGAAUCUGCCAACAUGUAUGCAACGCUGAGUAUCCUUGCCCAGAGCAGGCAGCACCAUGUGGAAGUGCUCAGCAACUUCACACACUACCAGCCCAAGGCUGUGGCUUUGAUAGGGCCAGACAGCAGCCACUUUACCUUCACCACUGCAGCUAUCCUGAGCAUCCUCCUUAUGCCAGAGAUUAGUUACGAAGCCUCCAACGAGAUGCUGAGCCUGAAGAGCGCCUACCCCUCGUUCCUGCGCACCAUCCCCAGCGACAGGCUGCAGGUCGAGGCACUAGUGCUGUUGCUGCAGGAGUUCAGGUGGAACUGGAUUGCGGUGGUGGGCAGUGAUGAUGCCUAUGGCAGGAACGGGAUAAAGACCCUGAAAGAAGUGGUGGCUAAGCAUGACAUCUGUGCUGCCUACCAAGGAAUCAUCCCCAUGAAGAGGGGAGCCAGCAGCCCAGAGCUGAAGGGGAUGCUUAGAGUCCUUGUGGGGACCGGCGUCAAUGUCACCGUCGUCUUCUCCAAUGUGGACAGUGCUAGAGACUUCUUUGACAUGGUGGUUCAGGAGAACGUGACAAAGAAGGUGUGGCUGGGCACUGAGGCCUGGUCUCUAGCCUCGGAAGUCUGGAGCAUCCCCGGCAUCCACAGAAUUGGCACAGUGAUUGGGUUGUCAGUCAAGCAGGCAAAGCUUCCAGGAUUGGAGGAAUUUGAAUCUGCCCAUGUGAAUUCAGAGAAAAGUAAUGUAGCCACGUGUGCCCCUGAUUUGGGUGCUGAAGGGAGCAGUGGUGGGAGCAGCAGCAAUGAGAGUACCAGCCAAGGCUGCAAUCAGAUCUGCACAAGGUGCCACUCACUCACUUCAGCGCCCCAGACGUUUGACAUUUGGGCUGCCUUUAAUGUGUAUUCGGCAGUGUUUGCUGUGGCCCGUGGCCUGCACAACUUACUGGGUUGCUGCUCGGGAGCGUGCAGCAAGGACAAAGUCUAUCCCUGGCAGCUCCUGGAAAAAAUCAAGCAGGUGAAUUUCACUCUGCAGAAGAGCAAGGUGCUUUUUGAUGCCAAUGGGGAUCCCCUGACAGGCUAUGACCUCGUCAUGUGGAAGUGGACUGGCCCGACCUGGUCUUUUGAUGUAAUUGGGUCUUUCCUCCAAAAGCCAGACAGACUGAACAUCAACCGGGAUGGAUUCGUGUGGCAUACAAAGGAUAAUCAGGUGCCUAUGUCAGCUUGUUCAAAGGUGUGCGUGAAAGGAGAGAAGAGGAUGCAGGUGGGGCUUCACCAAUGCUGCUUUGACUGCGUGGCCUGCCCCGCAGGAACCUUCCUGAACAGCAGCGACCUCUACAAUUGCCAGCCCUGUGGGACAGAUCAGUGGGCCCCAAUGAAGAGUGAAAUCUGCUUGAAUCGGACCACCGAAUUCCUGUCCUGGGCUGACCCCGUCUCCUGGGCCCUGCUGACUGCCAUCACCCUUCUGCUGCUGCUGCUGGCAGGGACAGCUGCCCUCUUUGCCCAGAACCUCGCCACGCCAGUGGUCAAGUCGGCAGGCGGCAGAAUGUGCUUCUUCAUGCUGGGCGCUCUGAUCUGUGCCUGCUGCAGCCUCUACUGCUACUUUGGGGAGCCCACCUGGCCCACGUGUCUGCUGAGGCUGCCCAUCUUCUCCGUCAGCUUCACCAUUUGCCUCUCGUGCAUUGCAACCCGUGCCUUCCAGAUCGUCUGCAUCUUCAAACUGGCGUCUAAGUGGCCUGCCUUCUAUAGAGCCUGGGUGAAGCACAACGGACCCAACCUGUUCAUCGGAGCCUGCACAGCCACCCAGGUGGUGAUGUGCCUGGUCUCGCUCAGCAUCAAUCCCUCAGUGCCCAGGAAGGACUACACGACCUCUGUGACGAUGACCAUCUUCCAGUGCUCGGAAGAUGAUGCUGUGUGGGGGCUGCUCUACAACACAAUGCUCAGUAUCUGCUGCUUUGUCAUCAGCUACAUGGGGAAGGACCUGCCUGAGAACUACAACGAGGCCAAGUGCAUCACCUGCAGCCUGCUUAUCAACUUUGUCUGCUUCGUCUGCUAUCUCACCACCUAUGUCUUCUACCAUGGCAAGUACCUGGUGGCCAUCACUGUGCUGUCCAACCUGUCCACCCUGUCUGGGAUCUUUGGAGGCUACUUCCUCCCCAAGGGCUACAUCAUCCUCUUCCGAGCGGAGCUCAACACCACCGAGCACUUCCAGAUGUCUAUCCAGAGUUACACCAGGAAGAGCAGCUCAGACUGAGCCCACAGGCCGGGGAGCAGGGAGACUC